GGCGUGGGCACCUGCGAGACACAGCUUCUUCCGACGGACUUCUCCAGGGGCAGGGCGGGUGGUUGUCUUGGUGACCGCUCCUAACGGUCCUGUGGCCCCGAUAUACUUGUUCAGGGUUUGCAGCCUGAGCUGCUGACUGAAGACGGCUCUCCCAAGUGUCCGAGGUGAAGCUGAUUUUUAGCCUUGUAUUCGGAGUUACUGACGCUUGAGAGAAGACUGAUUCAGAAUAGUAAAAUGUCUCGAAAAAUUCCCAAGGAAUUGAAAAAAGUAAACAUCUCUAGCUCACUGGAAUCUGAAGAUAUUAGUUUAGAAACGACCGUUCAUACAGAUGAUGUUUCCUCGUCAGAAGAGCGGGAGGGUAAGGUCAAGGUCACCAGGCAGCUAAUUGAAACAAAGGAAAUGCUUCAUAAUAUUCAGUUGCUGAAAAUCGAGCUAUCCCAAAAAAAUAUGAUGAUCGACAAUUUGAAAAUGGAUUAUCUUACAAAGAUUGAAGAGUUGGAGGAAAAACUUAAUGAUGCCCUUCACCAGAAGCAGCUGCUAACUUUGAGAUUAGAAAAUCAGUUGACUAUUCAACAGAAAGAUGCCAAGAAAUAUCAAGAACUAAUGAAACAAGAAAUGGAAACCAUCUUGUUGAGACAAAAGCAACUAGAAGAGACAAAUCAUCAGCUAAGAGAGAAAGCCGGAGAUGUUCGUCGGAACCUGCGAGACUUGGAGCUGACAGAAGAACAGUAUGUGAAGCUCAAAUCGUUUCCUGAAGAUCAGCUCUCUAUUCCUGAAUAUGUGUCUAUUCGGUUCUAUGAGCUAGUAAAUCCAUUAAGAAAGGAAAUCUAUGAACUACAAGUGAAAAGGAAUGAACUAUAUGAAGAAUUAAGUACAAACAAAGGCCAACUGAAGCAGCUGACAGAGACAUAUGAGGAAGAUCGAAGAAACAACUCUGAACUUCAAAUUCGGUGUCAACGGUUGGCCUUAGAGUUAGCAGACACAAAACAGUUAAUUCAGCAAGGUGAUUACCGUCAAGAGAACUAUGACAAAGUCAAGAGUGAACGUGAUGCUCUUGAACAAGAAGUACUCGAUGUUAGAAGAAAACACGAACUACUCGAAGCCUCUCACAUAACCCAGGCUAAGGAAAGAAAUGAACUGUCAAAGGAGGUGACCACCUUGCAGCAGACAGUCACCCUACUGCAGAAAGACAAAGAGUACCUCAAUCGCCAAAAUAUGGAGCUCAGCGUGCGCUGCGCCCAUGAAGAGGAUCGCCUAGAAAGGCUGCAAGUUCAACUGGAAGAGACCAAAAGGGCUAGAGAAGAGAUGUAUGAGAAAUACGUAUCAUCCAGAGACCAUUAUAAAACAGAAUAUGAAAAUAAACUACAUGAUGAACUGGAACAAAUCAAACUGAAAACUAAUCUGGAAAUUGACCAGCUUCGCAGUGCCUCUAGGGAAAUGUAUGAACGAGAAAACAGAAAUCUCCGUGAAGCCCGAGAUAAUGCUCUCGCCGAGAAGAAUCGAGCAGUGACAGCGGAAAAAGAUGCUCUGGAAAAGCAUGAGCAGCUCCUAGACAGGUACAGAGAACUGCAGCUUAGUACAGAAAGCAAAGUGUCUGAGUUUCUCCAUCAGAGCAAGCUGAAGGCCUUUGAAAGUGAGCGCGUGCAACUGCUGCAAGAGGAAACUGCAAGAAAUCUUACACAGUGCCAGUUGGAAUGCGAAAAAUAUCAGAAGAAGAUGGAGGUUCUAACUAAAGAAUUUUAUAGUCUCCAAAGUUCAUCUGAAAAACGCAUUACUGAACUCGAAGCACAGAACUCAGAGCAUCAGGCAAGAUUAGACAUUUACGAGAAACUGGAAAAAGAACUUGACGAAAUAAUAAUGCAAACAGCAGAAAUUGAAAAUGAAGAUGAGGCUGAAAGGAUUCUUUAUUCCUAUGGCUAUGGUGCUAAUGUUCCCACAACAGCUAAAAGGCGACUAAAGCAAAGUGUCCACUUGGCGAGAAGAGUUCUUCAGUUAGAAAAACAAAAUUCAUUAAUAUUAAAAGAUCUGGACCAUCAAAAGGACCAAGUAAGACAGCUUUCACAGGAGCUUGACAGAGCCAAUUCACUGUUAAAUCAGACUCAGCAACCCUACAGAUACCUCAUAGAGUCAGUGCAGCAGAGGGAUUCCAAGAUCGACUCACUGAUGAAGUGCACAGCUCAGCUUGAGAAAGAUGUCAGCAACUUAAAUAAAGAAAAGUCAGCCCUGCUGCAGACGAAGAACCAGAUGGCCUCGGAUUUGGAACAGCUUCUAAGUCACCGUGAGGAAUUUGCAGCCAUGAAACAGAUUAUCAUUAAUAUGUGUAAUAAACAUUCUGAGAACAACUUACUUCUUACAAAAACGGAAUCAAAAAGCGUGACAGAAAAUCAAGCAUCAAAGACAUUGAACAUGCCAAGAGAACAUGAAGUUAAUGUAUUUAUACCCAAGCCAACACUGUUUACUAAAAAGGAAGCACAAGAAUGGCCCAGGAAUCAAAAGAUGAAGGCCUAGUGUUUGGUGCUGGAGAAUGCCAGAGCCUCACCCAGCCACCCCUAUCCCUCCACGCUGUGCC